CUUUUCUUUUUUUGUGUUUUAGUAAGGGAACAACUGAAAGAGCUUACCAAGCAGUAUGAAAAAUCUGAAAAUGACCUCAAGGCUUUGCAGAGUGUUGGACAGAUUGUUGGUGAGGUUCUUAAACAGUUAACAGAAGAGAAAUUCAUUGUGAAAGCUACAAAUGGGCCAAGAUAUGUGGUUGGCUGUCGUCGUCAGCUUGACAAAAGUAAGCUGAAGCCAGGGACAAGAGUUGCUCUGGAUAUGACUACACUAACUAUUAUGAGAUACUUGCCAAGGGAAGUGGAUCCAUUGGUUUACAAUAUGUCUCAUGAAGAUCCUGGGAAUGUUUCUUAUUCUGAGAUUGGAGGGUUAUCAGAACAAAUCAGGGAGCUGAGAGAGGUAAUAGAGUUACCGCUUACAAAUCCAGAAUUAUUCCAACGUGUGGGAAUUAUACCUCCAAAAGGUUGCUUGCUGUAUGGCCCACCUGGUACUGGGAAAACACUCUUAGCCAGAGCUGUUGCUAGCCAACUGGACUGCAAUUUCUUAAAGGUUGUGUCUAGUUCUAUUGUAGACAAGUACAUUGGUGAAAGCGCUCGGUUGAUCAGAGAAAUGUUCAACUAUGCCAGAGAUCAUCAGCCAUGUAUCAUUUUCAUGGAUGAAAUAGAUGCUAUUGGUGGCCGUCGUUUCUCCGAGGGAACUUCAGCUGAUAGAGAAAUUCAGAGAACCUUAAUGGAGUUGUUGAAUCAAAUGGAUGGAUUUGACACUCUGCACAGAGUUAAAAUGAUCAUGGCUACAAAUAGACCAGACACUUUGGAUCCAGCAUUGCUGCGUCCUGGAAGGCUGGAUAGAAAAAUCCAUAUCGAUUUGCCAAAUGAACAAGCCAGAUUAGAUAUAUUGAAGAUUCAUGCAGGUCCUAUCACUAAACAUGGUGAAAUAGAUUAUGAAGCAAUUGUGAAGCUUUCAGAUGGAUUUAAUGGAGCAGAUUUGAGAAAUGUCUGUACUGAAGCAGGUAUGUUUGCAAUUCGUGCUGAUCAUGACUUCGUAGUCCAGGAAGACUUCAUGAAAGCUGUUAGAAAAGUAGCUGAUUCUAAGAAGCUGGAGUCAAAGCUGGACUACAAACCUGUUUAAAUUAACGACCUAGUUAAUGAUCGACUGCACAGGAGAUAUUGGAUUAAUGUAUAGAAAGAGAAAUAAUGUACCUCUUGGCUAUGAUCUUAUUACAAAUGUAUGUGUAACACCAUAAGCAAGUAAUUGAUGCUAGUUACAAGUCGGCUAUGGAAGUGUGUUCUGUACAGUUCUGAAAGUGGCAUUCGUUGCCACCCAAGUUAAGGAGUGUAAGAUGUGUUCUCAUAACAAUUAUUGUGUGACUAUAAACGUACUCAAAUGGUUGAACUUAACAGAUUUUAAGAGUCAAUGCAUUUCCUGGCAUUUUAUAUCAUUUUCCUUCCUCUAAACAGUUGAAUAAAACUCGUUUAAGUCUUUCAUAU